AUGAGGAUCGUGAAGAGAGGCACUCCACUACCUGCUCUCGGAGAACCAAUUCUCACCGUCAAGUUGCAGAAAAUCCCUCGCAAACGCAUACCACCAACAGGCCUCCUAGGCAGCGCCGAUAAGAGGACCGACCCUCGUGGACCAACGAGGAGGUCAAUCAGCGUCGCCCGAAUCGCAAAAGUCGCCAACGUAAUCGACCAGAUAUGUGCGCGGAAGAUGUUGAGAAACUUGUGA